GCAAACGAAAAAGCCCGCGAAUUUCGCGUGCGAACUGGUUUAUCCCGAGAGGAGGGCACGGCACAUAGCACCAGUCGAAGAAAAGAAUCGAACCCGCAACAGAGAUCCAGUAUUAUCGUUCUUAAUUCAUCGCCAUUCCUUCAAACGAUCCGUUCAAGAUCAAUCACAUCCACCUGAAAGUCUCGCUUUCCACAAUGCCACUUACUUCUGCUCAUCACAUGAUCACCGGGAGCUAGAGUUCUUGGCAGAGUUCUCGAAUUCAGACCGACCCUUGCAACAUCUUGCACAAGAAGAGGGAAAGAAAAGGAGGAGGAGGAGGAGGAGGGAAUAAUGGGUUUCGUCUCCGGCCUGAUCAUCGGACUAGCUCUCGGCAUCGGGUUGGUUUUCGCUUUUGCUUAUUACGAAAGUAUCCGAUCCAAGCGCCGUUCCGAUUUGGCCGCGACCAUCGCGGCGUUCGCCAGGAUGACGGUGGAGGAUUCAAGAAAGAUCCUGCCAGGCGAGUGUUACCCUUCUUGGGUUGUCUUUGCGCAGCGACAAAAGUUGAGUUUUUUUUUUUUAUUUUACUAAUUGCAGUUAAAUUGGCUCAACAUCCAACUUAAGAAGAUUUGGCCUUAUGUCAAUGAGGCAGCUUCUGAAAUGAUACGAAGUACUGUAGAGCCAACUCUUGAGCAGUAUAGGCCAGCUGUCUUAGCAUCUCUCAAAUUCUCCAAGUUGACUCUUGGGACAGUGGCUCCUCAAUUCACAGGAAUUUGGAUUGUCGAUGCUGAAAGCAAAGGUGGGCAAGUUACCAUGGAGUUGGAAAUGCAGUGGGAUGGUAAUCCUCGUAUAGAACUUGAUAUCAGAACACGAGUUGGCGUAGGCUUGCCCGUGGAGGUGAAAGAUAUAGGAUUUACUGGGGUUUUCAGGCUAAUUUUCAAACCGCUAGUGGAUGAAAUUCCUUGCUUUGGAGCUGUUUGUUAUUCUUUACGAGAAAAGAAGAAUCUUGACUUUAAACUAAGCAUUGCUGGUGGCGAUAUAAGAACAAUCCCUGGGGUUGCUGAUGCUAUUGAGGAAACAAUACAAGAUGCUAUUGAAGACACAUUGACAUGGCCAGUGAGGAAGAUUGUUCCCAUACUGCCUGGGGAUUAUAGUGACUUGGAACUGAAGCCUGUUGGGACAUUAGAAGUGAAGCUUGUGCAAGCUAAGGACUUAGUCAAUAAAGAUCUUGUUGGGAAAUCUGAUCCAUUUGCUGUUCUGUUUGUGCGUCCGCUGCGGAGCACAAUGAAAACUAGUAAAACCAUUAACAACCAGUUAAAUCCAGUAUGGAAUGAGCAUUUUGACUUCAUAGUUGAGGAUGUAUCAACCCAGCGCUUAACAGUAAGAGUUUUCGAUGAUGAAGGCGUUCAAGCUUCUGAACUCAUGGGUUGUGCUCAAGUUCCAUUAAAUACGCUUGAGCCUGGCAAAGUGAAGGAUGUGUGGUUAAAACUGGUGAAGGAUCUGGAGGUGCAAAGAGAUACAAAGAACCGGGGUCAGGUGCAUUUGGAGCUCUUGUAUUGUCCCUAUGGCAUGGAGAAUGUCAUAAAGAAUCCAUUCAAACCGGAUGUGAAAUUGACAUCACUUGAGAAGGUGCUUGAAGGUGGCCAUGAAGCAGAUGCAGCUUCAUCUCAGAAGAAAAAGGAUGUGAUUGUUCGAGGGGUACUAUCUGUGACAGUGAUCUCAGCCGAGGAAUUGCCAGCUACCGAUUUGAUGGGAAAAGCCGACCCUUAUGUCGUUCUUACGAUGAAGAAAUCGGGAGCCAAAUUUAAGACAAGGGUGUUGAAUGAUGUUCUGAAUCCGGUCUGGAAUCAGACUUUCGACAUCGUUGUGGAGAAUGGGCUGCAUGAUAUGCUUAUUGUAGAAGUUUGGGACCAUGACACUUUUGGAAAGGAGAAGAUUGGAAAAUGCAUAAUGACACUAACCAGGGUGAUAUUAGAAGGGCAAGUUCGGGAUACUUUUCCUUUAGAUGGCGCGAAGUCGGGAAAGGUUAAUUUGCAUCUAAAGUGGACUGCGCAGCCCGUGUUCCGCGACUAUUGACGGUUGAGCGAGGGGAGAAUAUUCCAUCCCAGUGAUGAUUCUCAACUUCUUGAUACAUUUGCAGGCUCAUAUGCGUGAUACAUCAUAAAGAAAAAACAGAUGUCAUAUGAUUAACUCUGCAACCAUACAAACAAAUUAUACUGCUUUGCAUUUUCGGUAAGAGUUUCAAGCAAAAGUUAAUUACAGGAGAGAUGCAGAUUAGUUUUGCGUUUGGAGACAUCAGAGAACAGUGUUGUAUCAAGAGGAAGAACUACGAAUUUCUUGUUUCUUUUUAACGCAUUACAAUUUACACUGAGAUCCUUGUACGAUUAGAUAAAGCAUCUAUUGUUGAAGAGUUCAACGCAUAUAAGCUUGCACCAUAAAAAUUCAAAGGUGGCGUGUGGCUUAUCUCAUGAGAGAAGCUUUUUCUCCAGCACAAGCAAGUACCAGGGAGUUACUCUGAUUUACAUUUCAUGAAGAUCGACAGGGAAUGAAGAGACAUUACUGUUCGUCCUCUUGCCUGUCUGCCUGGGAGUUUCAUAUGUAAUGGGAGGUGAUUUUCAUUUAACAGCAUAAAUUUCUCAUCUAUUUGCUUAACGUGAAUCAGUUUUAUGUUUGAUGUCAGUAUCUGAAAGGGAUCUGAUCAUUGACGGAUGGGCAGCGAGAUUGGCAUUUAGAAAUAUUCAAGUUUAAAGUUGUGCAGAGAAGCAAUUGAGCUGGGGCAUGUCUAACUAGAAGUUGGACCAUAUUCUUUCAUUUUCCUCAUCAAAUAAACAGCUUUUGUACAUGCCAGUGUGAAUUUGAACAGAUGUGAUUGUUUAAGCCGGA